AUGGCCGGACCCGCCUGCAUUCAGUGGAUCCGCGACGAGCUGGAAGCUCAUGGCGUGCUCGAGGAGCUGAGCCCGCCGCUCCUGGACACGUCGUCGCUGUGCGCGUUCGUCACGGACGGCCGCGCACUGUGUCUGCUGACGAACGCCGUGCUCGAGGGCGAGGAGGACGAGCUGCCCAAGAAGCUGCGGCGCUCGCUCAAGCAGCUGAGCAAGUUCCACGCCCUCGAACGCGUGCAGUUCUUCCUCAAGUGGUGCCGCGCGCGCGCUAAGCUCGAGGAGCACCUGGUGUUUACGACGGUGCAGCUGCUGGACGAAGUGAACGAGACGGCUGUGUCCGAGACGAUCGUCGCGCUGCGCUGCAAGACGCGGCCCGGGCUGAAGGGCGGCAGUGCGCUGGCCCAGUACUACUUUGACGGCGGCGUCGCGGGUCACGCAUCGCCGUCGACGAUCGGCGGCCCAACGAGUUCGACAACCAGUGCAAGCGCCAGCACGACCUCGAGCGCCGACAAUGCCAACCGCCUCAGUUCGUUCCUGAACAAGUUCCCGUCCUCGCCCGCCGCGAAGCCGCCGAUGAGCCACAACCGCACGUCGUUGACUUCCAGCGUCGUGAGCAGUAACCCGUCGCCGCGGGAUAUCGAAGAGCCCGUGCCUGGCGACGGAGAUGGUGCUGAGUAUAGCAACGCGAACAACAACAGCGACAGCAAUCAGUCCCGGCUGCGCAUCCCGUCUAUUUUCAAAAGUCAGAGCAGUGCUACGGCGUCGCACGCAUCUGCCACGCCACGGAGCAGCGUCAUUAGCAAUGCGUCAUCGACAGCGUCGACUGGCAACGACCACAAUCGCGAUUCACGCUCGCGCUCGUGGUCGAGCAAGCUCUCUGCCUUUUCGCGCAGCCACUCGUCGUCACCCGGUGUCAAGACGUCGUCGUCCACAGGCGAUCUCGGGAGCAGCGGCACACCGCAGUCGUCACCCCCAGCCUCGCCGCACAACCGCGUCAGUAUUCCUAGUGCCUUUACCGCUCCUGCUUCGGCGCCUCGCAAGUCGAUGUCAAGGCUGUCAGCGUUUUUGAGCAGCGUGGACACGUCGGCACCUGUGACCCCUGUCAAUGAUGCAUUUUGUCAGAAGGAGAAAGUGUCGGAGGCUGCUGUGGAGACCGUGUUGAAACCGGUCGGUGAAUCUGUGGUGGAAAAGGGUGUCGAAGGCGUUUAUGAAGACAACCAAGGGAACGCAGACGAAGAAGAACCAUUAGUCGUUGGAGAGGACGUGCGUGCUAAGGAGAAAAGCGUGGAUAUGGAUGAGGAGACUGGGCGCAAGCGGCUGAAGAAGCCACCUUUGAGCGCGAAGCUGAUUGCUUUCUUGCAAGCGGUUGAGCCUGAAAGCGUGACUGCGUCCAAGCAGAAAGUUUUGGACGAGGAAGAGAACGACUCUGUUGCAGCGGAAGCUGAAGGGUCGGUGACAGCUGAUAGCGAAACCUCUGUGCUUAAUACGAAGACCAUUGUUCGUCCCGAGGACGUGGUUGCUGAGACUGAGAGUGAGGUAUCAAACGAUGAAGUGGAUGAGAGUCGAGCUGAUUCUGAAUCAGAAGCGACAGCUGUGCAAGAGGCAGCCGUGCAGGAUACAGCCGUCGAAGAGGCAAUUGUACAAGAGGCGCCCGCUAAAGUAAGUCGUGAAGCUCAAGGACUUUCUGUAGAGGAGUCAGGAAGCGGGAUUGAGGAGACCAUCGAAAAGGAAUCUAUGGAAUUGCCUCAGGACGCUGGCAUUGAAGCAAAUGCCCAGCCGGUGUCUCCAGACGUUGUGCACGAAAACGAGAGUCUUGCAACAGAGAAUGAAGUGCUUACCCAACAGCUGCGUGCGGCUGAGGACGAAGUUAUGAGAAAAACAGAAGAGUUGUUAGCGCUGGGCCAGGAAGUUGAGCAGUUGAAGGCACAACUCGCGAAGGAACAGACCGACUCACAAGGCAUGGUUUUGGCAGCAGCGAAGGUCCAGGAAGCCCUUACUGCAGAUGUUGCUGACGCUCGCGCUGAACUUGCUACCUUCCAGCAAACGGGUGCGGUUUCGACAUCUGCUACAAAGGAGGCAACUGGGGCAACAGCUCAGGUGGUGGAAUUGCUAGCCAAGAACAAGACUUUGACGACUGAAAUAGUGAGCUUGCGCGAGGAUGUACAGACGCUGGAACAGUCUGUUCAGCUAGCGCGCGACAGCGAGGACGCGGCAAGAUACGCUGCACAAGUCGCAUUCGCGGCACGUGACUCUGCGGACGAGGUGAACCAGCAACUGAAGGAUCAAAUUGCGCAGCUUGAGAGUCUGUAG